AUUUAUCUUAUGGCGAGUUAACCACGAUUAAGGAGUCUUAGCAGUUAAUCGACUCACAAAAAGACUUCAUUAUGUGCAGUAUAAGUUUAAGUGUUUUUGCAGUGAUUGUCAUUGGUAGCUGUACUGUUAUUGAAUCGUUUACUCCUCACUGUACAAGUUCCUUUGGCUGGAUACGAAACCCAAACAAUUGUAGUGAAUUCUGGAGAUGUGAUUUUGGGAAACCUAUUCCUAUGGUACCAUGUCCUUCUGGAUUAAUUCUGAAUAAUCAGUUACACGUAUGUGUAAGACGAGGUGGUCAAUACGAUGAUUGUGACCAAGGACCAAGCAAUAAGAAGACGGUAGCUGAAAGAUGCUCAGCAGGCGAACAGUUAAUUCCUCAUGAGAGUGAAUGCCAAUUGUACUACAACUGUAGUCUGUUCUAUGAUUUCGUUCCACGCUAUUUUGAACAAUAUCUGGAUGAGUGUAGAUACCCAAAUUUAUUCGAUUCCACCACACUGAGUUGUCGACCAUAUAAAGACGUAAAAUGUGGACGAUUGGUAGAACACGUCAGUCCUUGUGAAUACAGACGAGGAAAGUGUGGAACUUCUCAUUGCCAACCAUGUGUUGCAACAUGCACCGGAAAAUCCAACGGACGCCAUAGUCAUGAAAAUCGGGAAUGGUCACCAUUUUACGUAAUCUGCAAUGACCAGAGAACCAUCAAAGUUGAUACCUGCAGUAAAGACGAAACAUUGAAUAUUGCCCGUCUUUUCUCUCCCAUUACAAAUAAAUGUGAACCAUUGUAUAGAAUUCCACAAAGUCGAGGUGGACUUGCACCCGCUUGCGUCCAAAAUGGACUAUUUCCAGAUCAGGGAGGCAGAUGUGAUAUAUUCAUACGCUGUGAAAAUGGAGUAGUUGCAGAAGUUGUUAAAUGUCCCUCGAAUUUUGUCUUCGAUCCAGAUACACAGAAUUGUCGUUCAGAUACGGAAUUUUGUGGAACCUGUGGUCGACUUUGCAAAGAUUUACCAUAGUACGACAAAGUGUUUAGAUAGAAGUGUUCAAUCAAAACGUGUUUUUUCUUUUUUUUAUAAGAGUGUAAGUCUCACUGAAUCUUAUUGCUACUGCUAUAUAAUAUGUAUAAUUCAUAACUCUAAAUAGCCAGUUUACUUAUCUUUUAAUAAUAUUAAAGUUAGCAUUGCAUACUAUUCCAAGAUACCCUAUUUUGUUUAGCAUUUUUAUUUUCUGUUUGGACGUUUUAGUUCUCUGUUUAAGUCUUCUAUAUAUGUCCUCUGUUAAUGUUCUAUGUUAAUGUCUAAAUCUUUUAGUACAGUAGACUAACGGUGUUUCUAAAUAAAAUCCUAUGCAUGAAAUUAUACCAUAUAUUUAUUACUGAAAAUUACAUGUAGUAUUUAUCUGA